AUGGGGAGCAGGAUGGCAGCAACAUCAGCAACUACCUUUUCAAUUGGAUCAACUAUGUCAUUUAGUCCCAAAGGGAGCUCACUUUCACAAUCAAAGGCCUUUGGCAUGAGAUUGAACACCAGGAGCUUUCUGAGUUUCAGUGGCCUCAAGGGAGUAUCAUCCAUAAGCUGUGAAUCAGAAUCAUCCUUCUUAGGCAAGGAAAGUACCGCAGCUCUUCGGCACUCAGUUAAACCAAAAGCGCAAAAACAAAAUCGGAGAUCUUGGAAUAACCUUCAGCCUCAGGCUUCUUACAAAGUGGCAGUUUUAGGAGCUGCUGGGGGUAUCGGCCAGCCACUAGCACUUCUGAUCAAGAUGUCACCAUUAGUUUCAGCGCUGCACCUGUAUGAUAUAGCAAAUGUCAAGGGAGUUGCAGCUGAUCUCAGUCACUGCAAUACUCCCUCACAAGUUUUGGAUUUCACAGGAGCCUCUGAAUUGGCCAAUUCCUUGAAAGGCGUAAAUGUAGUUGUCAUACCUGCUGGUGUUGCAAGGAAGCCAGGAAUGACUCGGGAUGACCUCUUCAACAUCAAUGCCAACAUAGUGAAGACCUUGGUUGAGGCUGUUGCCGAAAACUGUCCUGAUGCCUUCAUCCAUAUUAUUAGCAACCCUAUUAACUCUACAGUGCCAAUUGCAGCAGAAGUUUUGAAGCAGAAGGGUGUAUAUGAUCCAAAGAAGCUCUUUGGUGUUAGCACUCUCGAUGUUGUGAGGGCAAACACAUUUGUUGCACAGAAGAAGAACCUAAAGCUCAUUGAUGUUGAUGUUCCAGUUGUUGGGGGACAUGCUGGUAUAACUAUCCUACCCCUGCUGUCAAAGACAAAACCCUCUGCCAGUUUCACCGAUGAAGAAGUGCAAGAACUAACAGUAAGGAUCCAAAAUGCUGGAACAGAAGUGGUGGAGGCAAAAGCCGGUGCAGGGUCUGCUACACUGUCUAUGGCAUAUGCAGCAGCAAGAUUUGUUGAGUCCUCUCUCCGUGCUCUUGAUGGAGAUAGUGAUGUCUAUGAGUGUUGCUACAUCCAGUCAGAGCUGACUGAGCUUCCAUUCUUUGCAUCGAGGGUUAAGAUAGGAAGGAAGGGUGUUGAAGCUGUGAUCUCAUCCGACCUUCAGGGACUGACCGAGUAUGAAGAAAAGGCCCUGGAGGCCCUCAAGCCAGAACUGAAAGCCAGUAUCGAGAAGGGGAUAUCUUUUGUUCACAAGCAACCAGUGGCCGCUUAGACUUGAUGCCCGAAACAAUUUACAUAAGAGGAAUAAAGUAGUUCGGCAUAUCAUGCAGAUUCAUAACUGAAUCACUGUUUUCAAUUUUGUAGACUGCUUGAAGUAACACAUUUGCGAUUCCUUUUUUGUUGAAUAUGGCGUCUGAUAUAGACAAGUGGAGAGUCAAAGUGUAGUACUGUUGCAGAAUUUUGUUAGUAUGACUAAUAUGUACUUUAAUAACAUUGCUGGUGCGCCGGAGCACUGAAAAUUGGAUGUUUCUUAUUUGGAUGAAAUGAACCGAACUUCUCUCACCCACACCCUUGAGGAUUAAUGUUAGCAACUUACAUAAGGAAUGGUCAUUCCAUUAGGGCAACAUGGG